CUGGGAACACCUCUUGCAAGCUCCAUGUGCUGAGGUGGGCCCCAAACACUGUCCAGUUCACCACCCCCUUAACCUCAAUUAGAUACCUCUCUAAGUUUCCCUAGGAGCCAUUUAACUGUCCAGGUCAUUCCUCAUGCCCCUGCUCCUGUGUGUCCUCAAUAAAAUGUCAGGCACCCCUCCUUCGACCCUCUGCUUGUCCCUCAUCAGCAUCCCUGCAGUAUAGUAAUUAAGAUAGAGAAUGUCCAGUGCACAGAUACACUCCACAGUGCUGCAGGAAAUGGGACUCAAUACUAAGGUGGUCUGGGGUGCCAAAGUGCUUUAGGUGGUUGGGAGCAUUCCACACAAAGGGGCUUCUUUUCCCUGGAACUAGACAACUGGCUUUUGGUCAGUGUGUCCUCCUAUUCUGUCCCCAGGGAGCUGUAAGGGGGGACACCAGAGCCCUCUGACCUCAGUGUGACUUCUGGCCUUCUGCUCCCAGCCUCCUCUCCUUCUAUCUCCUGUCCUUUCCUCUCUUCAUUCUACUGGGUCAGCCCUAUCCAUGGGAAGGUGCUUUUUGAACAUGAGGGAUAUCAAGAUCACAAGGCUCUUGGAGGAUGGCCCCAUCCCUAUUGGAUGAAAAAUGCUUUCAGAAUGCUAGGAAGGUUAGAUGGGUCUGGGUUGGAACUGAGUGACUUUGUGUUAAGCCCUCAACUUUUCCACCCCUCUCAUCUUCCCCUCUGCAUUCACACCUCAGGGUGUGUGGAGAUCCACCCCCACUGGAAGGGCCAGAUGUCAUCGUACCUAUCCUCAAGGAUGAUGGGUCCUACAUGCUCUGUGGAUUUUGGGCAGAUGAUGAUGCUGAAGCUCCAAUCUGGGCCUGUGCUGGGGCCUGGCACCCUACAACCCAGCAGCCCAUCUGCUGUGCUGAGGCCAUUGUGGUGGAAAACCCCUACCACCAAAAGGAGGAAGUGGAGUUGGCAUCUACAGACCAGGCCGAGGCUAUCCCCAGGGUGGGUGAAGAUCCACCCCCACUGGAAGGGCCAGAUGUCAUCGUGCCUAUCUUCCAGGGUGACGGAUCCUACCUGCUCUGUGGAUUUUGGGCUGAUGAGUCUGAAGCACCAGUCCAGGCCUGUGCUGAGCCCUGGCACCUUACAACCCAGAAGCCCAUUUGUUGUGCUGAAGCCAUUGCGGUGGAAGAGCCCUCCUGCAAAAAGGAGGAAGGGGACUCAGCAUCUGCAGAGCAGGCCGAGGCUAUACCCAGGGUGUGUGGAGAUCCACCCCCACUGGAAGGGCCAGAUGCCAUCGUGCCUAUCCUCAAGGAAGAUGGAUCCUACCUGCUCUGUGGAUAUUGGGCUGAUGAGCCUGAAGCACCAGUCCAGGCCUGGGGGGGCCUGGCACUUUACAACCCAGCAGCCCAUCUGCAGUGCUGAGGACA